AUGGACUAUUUGGUUAAUUUGUACAAGUAUCAUGCUAACUUGAAAGGAUUUUCAAUUGUAAUAAGAUUUUCUUCUAAAGGCAAUGGUUCAGUUCAUAAAUAUAUGCUACUUACCUGUGACAAGGGAAGUAAACCACAUGGUGGUAAAUCAAAUAAGCGGGUGAAUUGUCUAAUGAGAAUAAAUGCUUUUUUGAAAGACAAUAGCUUAUGGGUUGUUGGACGAGUCAUAACUGACCAUAUCCAUCAAUUAGAUCCAUCUAUGUCAAGGUUUAUGACUCGUCAUAAGGGUUUGUCUAAUGUUAUGAAAAGAUUACUAAAGGCCAAUGAUAUAAUUGGAAUAAGGCCUUCUAAGAGCAUUAGAUUGCUAGAAGUACAAUUCAGAGGUCCAGAAAAGAUGGGAUGUUUGCCUAAAGAAUGCAUGAAUUUUAUUAAUAGUAGGAGAAGGUUAGGACUAGAUGAUGGAGAUGCUGAGUCCAUCCAAAAGCUCUUUUACGGGUUACAAGCUUACAAAUAUGUUAUGGAUUCAUUUGCGAGCUUGUGCCCUAUUGCCCAUGAGGAUGUAGAGACUUUCAAGUGGGUUUUCUCAACCUGGCUCUCAAUAAUGGGAGACAUUCAUCUCCAUGCAAUUCUCACUGAUCAAUGCGUAAGCAUCAAGGCUACUAUUAGGGAAGUUAUGCCUGAAACAAGACAUAGAUCCUGCUUAUGGCAUAUACUUAGCAAAUUAUCAGAGAAGUUUAAGGGUGUAGAAGAUUUUACAAAAGCAACUAAUGAGUUUAAGGCUUUAAUAUUUAACAGUUUGACGAUUAAGAUGUUUGAAACAAAUUGGAAUGAUUUCUUGACCAAGCAUAGACUGGAAAAUAAUGAAUGGUUGAUAAAGCUUUAUUUUGAAAGGGAGAAUUGGGAACUCCUUUAUCUCAAAUGCAUGUUCUUUGCUGGAAUGAUCUCUACACAAAGAGUGAGGGCAUUCGUGCUUACUUUGAUGGUUACAUUAACUCAGGAAGCACGUUGA